AACGCUCGCGCGUAGCACUCACGUGGAACCCGCGUAGCGCGCCUACGAACACUCGGUGCCCAUUAAUCGUUCUAACUAUUGACUGUACAUAGUGUUUGUGAAUUGUUUAUUUGUUUCAUAUUUUUGAAUUGGAUACAUAUUAUUAGCGAUUCAUACAUGAUCACUUAAAGAGGCGCUAUGACAGGUCACGGACGGCACGACUAGCAAAUAACUCAAUUUCAGUAUGACGAGAAGGAAUUCAAUAUUUGUUUCGGCGUUUCCAAAAUGAAGGAGGGCACAGGAAGGGCGCGCGGGAGUUGUCUACACGUUCCCGCGACUUGACGUGUGAGGAGACGCUCACGAAAACAUAAUGGCUUCACAAUUCACCGCCAUACUAUUGUGGCUCGUGGGAAGUGUGCUUGGUCUUCGCGACAUACAGCUGAAUGUGCCAGACGCAGUUGGAGUAGGGUCCAGUGCUACAUUAGGGUGCCGUUGGGCGUUAGACACAGGAGAAGCCCUAUACACCGUCAAGUGGUACCACGGGGCGCAAGAAUUCUUCAGAUUCGUGCCCAAAGAACUACCAAAUACGAGAGUCUUCUCGCAAACUGGAAUUAGUGUUGAUAUAUCCAGAUCAGGAGCUCAGCAGGUGGUGCUGCGAGGGGCGACAAAGGGCCUCACUGGACGGUACCGCUGCGAAGUAUCGGCUGAUGCCCCUUUUUUCCACACCGUCUACAAAAGCGCUUACAUGCGUGUUGUUGAAUUGCCCGAGACGGAGCCAAUAAUUCGAGCACAAAAGAGCUGGUACUCCGUAGGGGAUAUGUUACGUGCGAAUUGCACCUCUCCACCGGCCGAUCCGCCUGCCAACCUCACGUGGCUUCUAAAUGGUUAUGAGGUAAAGGGUCUUGAUAUUCCUCCUCCGGAUAUGUCCUAUCAUCGGAAGCAAAAUGUUAUAAGUGACGCGUCAUUAGAAGACGCUAAUAGAAUUAUAUUCAGUCCUUGGGACACCUUCACCGGGUAUGAAGAUACUGUAACUCAAGAACCAAAUAUCAAUGUGAACAUAGCUGAGAGACAAAGAUAUGAGAGUACUACAGCUACACCCAAAUUUGAUACAAGUAGAAAUACAUCCUUUGAAGAGGAGAAAUCAAAUAAGACAUCUUCCUUCAGCCAGCUCGUUAUGAGAGUACAAUCGUCACAUUUUCACAAAGGUCGUUUGAAUGUGACUUGUGUGGCGCGGAUACUGUCGGUAUGGUCUGGCAGCGCUGUGCUGAUUCUGGACGAGGAGCGGCCGCAGAUUGCGCCGGUAAUGGGCAGUCGAGACUCCAAUUCUGGUGCCCGCCCAUUACCCAAAUUAAGCAUCUUCUUAGAAGUGAAUGCUUUAUUAUUUUUAUACCAGUGGAGAGAAAUGUGGAAAGACUCUAGAAAGUAUUUUUAAAUUUCAAUCAGUGUUAGACUUUUUUAAUAAAACCAUUUAUGAAUCCAAAUUUGUAGUUGACAUAAAAUAUAAUUUUUAUUUCUACUGUAUUGUGAAAAUAUACCUAUCUACAAUCUGUUACAAAAGUGGUGAAAAUUAAUUUCAGUGUAUACUUUAUUUCUAUUUUGUAGUCAAGAUUUGUACAAAAUGUGAUAUUUAAUAAAUACUCUCGUGUUGUAAAAUGAGAGAAUUAACUAUCUAUUGUCCUCACUUCACUUAAUAUAUUAUGUAUGUAUGUAGUAUGUAACACGAAGUGAGUAUAAACAUGUAAAUUAAAUUUAAUGUGGUGAAAAUUUAAUUUUAACUAUAAUCGAUAGUAUUUUGGUGUUAGUUGUGUAAUAUACAAUCAAAUUGUGCAGGUAUAUAAUUUUUAUCUGUAAGUAUUUUUAUUUGAAAGUAGUGAAUUUUAUACUUGUAUAUAAUAAUUAGUAUAAUAAUAGAUCGUGUAAGGAAAUAGUGAUGUUGUGCUUCACAUCCUCUAUGUAACUAUUAAUUGUUAUUGUAAUUUAUAAGUAUAAUAAAACUCUCUGUUUUUCA